AUGGCAGCUUCGUAUUAUUACCGAGACCACCCAUACAACCAUGCCCCGGGGCCAGCAUAUCCCCUGGAACCAUAUACCGCAUCAAAUGAUCCUGACGAUCUUGUCUAUAAAACGCAUCCCCAGCGUCGUCAUACAGACGCUGCGAGGCCUUCCUCUGCUUCAAGGCGGAGUCGUCGUGAUGGAUAUCGUUCGACACACAAUCAGGAACAUCGAGGAGGCCGGAAGCAUAAGCAUCGAGGAUUUUCGACUGACCCAGAAGCAGAUGACUAUUACCAAGAACGUCCCUCAUAUUCUCACUCCUCCUUGUCCCGGUCUCCUUCCCCUAAACCGCGUCGGCGUAAGUCACUGGGCGAGCAGGCCAUGGCCGCACUCGGCUUGGCAGGCUCAAGCUCUCGUGGAAACCAGCAUCAUCGAACGAGAACUCGGGAUCGAAGCUACGAUUAUUCUGACCCCCGCUCCCGCCGUGAUUACGAUCAUCCCCGGCGUCGGAGGGAGCAUAGGCAGAGGAAUAGAAACUCCUCAAGGUCCCCCUCACCUGACGCUGCCUCGAAAGAGAUCAGACAUGCCAUCACUGCUGCAUUGGCUGCAGGUGCUGCAGAAGCCUAUCGUGCACGGAAAGCACCCGGCGGCUGGACGGGAGAGAAGGGAAAACGAGUACUAACGGCUGCCAUCGGCGCUGGUGGAAUGGACAAACUUAUUGAACGUGACCCAAAUAAGCACAAUAAGCGUCAUAUUUUGGAAUCCACUAUCGCCGGAUUGGCCACAAACCACUUAAUGAACGGGUCCUCCAGAUCGCGCUCGCACCGACGCCAUAGCCGACGUUCCAGAUCAGAAGAUCAUAGCGGAAUGAAGAACCUUGCCACAGCGGGUGUCUUGGCGGCAGCUGGUAAAAAGGCAUAUGAUCACUAUCGUUCCGAAUCCCGUGGUCGGUCUCCAUGUUCAGGAUAUUCUAGCGACGAAGAUGUUCAACCCCGUCGCCAUCGCAAGAAAAGAAGUCAGAGUGUAACGGAUUAUGUCGCCAAAGGCCUUGCUGCAUUAGGAUUAACGGAUGAUGUUGAUGACAAACGUCGCUCAACGCGGCACCGCGAAUAUGAUCACAGUUCUUCGGAGGAUGACAACUACUCAGACUACCGCCCUCGUCGCCGUGGAAGGCACUCCGGGCGUUCUAGAUAA